AUGAACAUUCUUCCACACAAAAGCUGGCAUGUCUACAACAAGAAGAACAUUGAAAAGGUGAAGCGUGAUGAAGCUAAAGCCCAAGAAGAGGAAGCUGCCAAAGCCGAGCGAGCUAUCAAGGCGGAAAGCGAAGCACGUCUUAAUCUAUUGCGUCAACGAGCAGAAAGUCGAUACAAGCAACUUGAUGAUUCCUCAGCAUCAACGGAUGGCGCUGUCGUAAAAAAGCCGCCCGAACAUGUUGUGCUAUUUGGCAGUGAUCAAGGCGAUCGAUAUGCUAAAAAUGAAGAACGCGAAGCUGAAGAGAAGGAAAAGGAAGCUAAGCUUGAUCGACAAUUGACUAUGUAUUUGGAUAAAGGAGUCAAAGAAUCCACGCCAUGGUACGCCGUCAAAGAGUACGAUCGCUACGGGGAAACAAAACCUGAUCGAAGCAAGGACACAAAGGCAAAGGAAAAGAGGCGGAAAAGGGCGAUUCAUCUGAAUGAGGAUCCGCUGGCGGAAAUCCAGAGCAAGAUGGCCAAGCGAGAAGAAGCACGUAAAGAACGACGCUAUGGUUCUUAUCAUCGACAUCAUCACAAGGAAAAGAGCAAGAGAACAAAAGCAUCAUCAUCAACAUCAUCGUCAUCAUCAUCAUCAUCAUCGAUCGAAGCAUUACGAGCAAAGCGUUUACAACGGGAGCAAGCCGAAAGAAUGCGUACCAAGGCAUAUGUAUUUGGAGAAGUACCAGACAUCAAACCACCAGACACCUACCAUUCACAAUUCAAUCCAACGGAGACUGCUGAAGCACAUGAGCGAAGGCGAAGACGACGAUAG